GACGUCUAUACCUCUUUGUCCCACUCUUUUCCUUCUGCUUUUCUUCCCCCUCCCCCACCUCAAUCCCAAUGCUGUGUACAUGCUCUCGCCUCAUUCUCUCUCUCCCUCCAUCUCUCCCCUUUUCUCUCGUGUACUUUUUUCACAGUGGUUUCUCCCAGUGACAUAAUAACAGGAUGCUGAAGUCUUUCUCCUUUUCUGCAAAAUAUCCCCUCUUAAAAUAAAUGCCAUUCCACAGAACCUUCCAGGGCAUGAGGGAGAGAUGCUAAUACAUCCAGGGAUUUAUAUGAGCAUCUCCUGAUCAUCCUAUAGACACACAGACAUACAUUCUCAUCCAAGCACACGAUUUAAGCAAGGUUCUUGUGAUGCAAGAGGAGCACUUUAUCAGCUAGCACUGACGCAUACGGAACUAAGAGUAGACAGUCAAUGGAAGACAACUUGAAGAUUGUUGGUAACAUAGUCCUGAGCAUUUCAGUGGCUUCCAUUGUCCUCUGGCAGAAGCAUCUUAGCUAUUGCUGACAGCAGAAAAGCCACAAGAAGGAGGAAAAACGGGAGAGGGUCCCAGGAACCAAAGAGCCAAGGAAGACCAAAGAAGAAGACUUCAGGCUUCUUCUUCUCAAAUCACAUUUUUUUUUGUGAGUUAGGCCCCCUCAACCUGUCACCCUGGAGUCGUGGAAGAGGUGGAAUGAAGGCAGAAUGGUGUGGUGUGAGAAAGGGGUUCAGGUUCUUCUGACCACGGUGGGAGCUUUUGCUGCAUUUGGGCUCAUGACAAUCGCAAUAGGAACAGAUUACUGGCUAUAUGCCAGGGCCUUCAUCUGCAAUACCACUAACAUAUCAAGUGAAGAUACACCACUGAAAGAUAAGAAAGACCCUGGAGGGCUAACCCAUUCUGGUCUAUGGAGAAUUUGUUGUUUGGAAGGACAAAGAAGAGGAAUAUGUGUAAAAAUAAAUCACUUUCCUGAAGACACAGAUUAUGAUCAUGACAGUGCCGAAUAUCUUCUACGUGUGGUUCGUGCCUCAAGCAUCUUCCCUAUCCUUAGUGCCAUGCUCCUGCUACUUGGGGGCCUUUGUGUUGCUGCCAGUCGUGUUUACAAAUCCAAGCGCAACAUCAUCCUAGGAGCUGGAAUUCUAUUUGUUGCUGCGGGACUAAGCAACAUUAUUGGUGUAAUUGUUUACAUAUCUGCCAAUGCCGGAGAUCCUGGAACCAAGAGAGAUGAUGAGAAGAAAAGUCAUUAUUCAUAUGGUUGGUCCUUUUAUUUUGGUGGACUUUCUUUUAUUAUUGCUGAAAUGAUUGGGGUCCUUGCGGUCAACAUCUACAUUGAAAAGAACAGAGAGGCCCAUUGUAAAUCACGUACUGAGCUGAUCAAAAACCCCUCUGCCAUUCUACGCUUACCAAGUUACCGCUUUCGAUAUCGCCGACGUUCUAGAUCAAGUUCACGCUCCACUGAACCUUCUCAAUCGAGGGACACUUCCCCUGUUGGAGUCAAAGGGAUACCUUCAACUGACAUCUCCAUGUACACCUUGUCAAGAGAUACCUCCAAGGCUAAUGUUAGCAGCUUAUAUAAUACAGAGCGCGGAGAUCACAGUUUUCUACAGCUUCACAACUGCUUCCCUAAGGAACCAGGGGUCACCGUCACCGUUACAGGACCAGCCUCAAACACUGGCACCCUGGGCAAGGACGGUUCAAACACCAACACUCUAAACAGGAAAACCACACCUGUGUAGGUGGUUCCAAGCCUAAGGUCUUCUAAGUGAGCGUGUGUGAGUGAAUGUGCAAUGCGUGUGAUAGGGUGUACGUUUUAGGAUGGAGAUAGGAGCCAUUUUAUGCCAUGUAGCUGCCAAUUUCUGGUACAGAGGUGUCAGGAGUCCAACCCUCUGUUCUAGUGAAAGAAAUUUUGGAACCAAAUGGUAAAUGUUCUGAAAACUGCAUUAUAGUGUUUUGAUAAAAAAAAUAUAUUAUAUAUAAAUAUAUAUAUAUAUAUAAACACACAUAUAUACUUAAGAGAUAUUGUACAUUUUAGGUUGCUGAUAAGCUGUUCUCUUCUAAGAUAAGGUAAGGAUUAUCCAACCAUUUGUUAUUUCACAUGCUUAGGACUACAUUGCUCUUGAGCCGUAGUUUCUCUGACAAUAUAAUCAUAAGAAUACAAAGCAGUUUCAUGUUUAAAAUCAAAUUCUAAAUGUAAAUUGAAACCGUCAUUCCACUGUAAAUGAAUACUGUGAAAGAAAUGAAUGGGAAAGAAAGGCUAUCGUUUAAAUUUAUGAACGAUAUUCAUAUCUUGACAGCUCUAAAUGAAAGGGUCAGUUCUCAUACAUCUUUCAUUUUAUGUUAAAACAUUCACUAGCUUCUUGAAGACAUAAGCAUUCCACUACACAGAAGGAACCAUAAAGUGUCAGUUGUAACAUCUGCCUUGUCCCCCGUAGCUUGGUUUUGCAUUCAGAGCCCCCACCUAUACCCUGUACCUCCAGGUAUAGGGCUCACAUACACAGCCUCCCUGCCUCCCGCAAUGCAAUGCUGGCCAAAUCAAAGUGGCCAAAUCAAAGUCAUAUGGGUAAGGAGUUUGCUCAGCCCUGUACAAGUUUCCACUUUUUAAGUUAAAGAAGUUUUAGAGACGCUAGUGGCAGAUUUCAAUGUAACAGCUCCUAGUAUGCAAUGCCGGGCUCAAUUGUUCAUUUUUUAUUACUACCGGUUAUUUAAAUUUCUUUGGGUCUUCAGCAUCAAUAUCUCUCUGCUGGAAUUACUGGUUCUGCUUCUUUUCCACUUUCAAUGGAAUUUACUUCUCCUGUUGAGAUGGUGUAGAGAUAUCAUUCUUAAGCCUGGUACACACAAUCGGAUUUUCCGUGGACAAAGCUUAGGACUUUUGUCCAAAGGGCAUUGGCCGUGAACUUGUAUUGCACACAAACGGCAAAGAAUUGACAGGCAACAGACACAAAACUUGUUUUUCAGCUCUUUAGCGCCACCCUUUGGGCAACUUCUGCUAAUGUUGU